AUGAGAAGGACAGCAAAUGAGAAACCCGCCAAUGGUCUUACCUCGAAAGAGAAGAGUAAUAUUACACCAGCUGAAAGUGGGGUUGGCGAAUCUAUUGUCUCCGCUGACUCUCCGGGAGGCGAUAGUAAUACCAAACGCACUCAACCGUCACAAUCAUUGACUAAAUUAGAAGCAAAUGUGUCCCAAAAACAACAACGGAACAAUGGCGGUGGUCGUAAAGUGAUUACAACUAACGAUUGCGUAACACCAACCAGGGAUUUAAUGACCGAUGGAAUGGCUGAUGAAAGACGAAUGCGCCUCGAUGCUGAGUCUGUGACCCAAUUCACAACCCUCCCCGCCCAAGAUCGCAUAACUCGCUAUCUGGAGAGCUUGGGUGAGUUGGGAUCGCCACCCAGUGUGCCCAGUGAUGAGAGACGACUUCACCAGAGAUCUGAUCCCAACAACAGCUGCCAUUUGCAAAUGCUUCCCCACUUUCCACCUCCUCCGCCUGUUCCAUCACCACCGCCUCAGACGUCAAAACAACAACAGCAGCAGUUCAACAACGUCGGUCGAAUGCCUCCUCCAUCUGAGGGAAGAUGGGCUCCUGUCGGUCGCUCAGCUUCGUGCUACCAGACGGUGUCUCCUUCCCAAUUGCCAAUUCCAACUAAUCCCAUGAAAACCAAUGGUUCCUCUUCGUCAAAUCAAGAGCCUUCUUCAAUGACCAACCAAUCGAAUCCGAAUGCUGUGGCGGUCGGAAUUGCUGAAUCUGCAACACCGACGGAUGACGUUUAUCAGGCACCAAACUUAGCCCAGAACAAUGCUAGCAACAGCAAAAACGGCAUGGAUGAAGUCACCGAACAAGCGGAACUCACAGCCUGUCUUAACAAUCUCUCUCUCGAAGCCAACCAGCUUUCCUCCACAUGUCCCGACCUGGCCCCCGAGUUGUCCGCUCUCUCCCAACAACUCUCGAUGUGUCGCAGUCAAAUUGAAUCUUGUCUACUUCGAGAUGGUGCUGAAGUCAGUCUAGAAGAGCAGAUACAUGAGGAUCAGUGUUUGGCUGGAAUAGCCACCGCCCUGCGCCACAUUAAACAAUCCUUGUCCGGAAUGCGGGCCCGACUAGAGGUGUCUGUGGAGCAGGAAGGAGUACCACCUACAGUCAACCCCACUCCGGUUUCCACUUAG